GAGAGAGAGAGAGAGUGCGGCAUGGCGGACACGUAUUGCCCGGACUGCAAGCGAAGCACGAAGGAGGUGUUCGACCACUCCGCCGGCGACACGAUGUGCUCCGAGUGCGGCCUCGUCCUCGAAUCCCGCUCCAUCGAUGAGACCUCCGAGUGGCGCACCUUCGCCAACGAAUCCUCCGACAACGACCCCGUCCGCGUUGGCGGCCCCUCCAAUCCCCUCCUCUCUGAUGGCGGCCUCUCCACUCUCAUCUCCUCCAGCACCUCCGGUGCCGGCCACCGUUCUGACUCCCUCCCAUCCUCCUCCCUUGGCCGUUGGCAAAACCGUGGCACCAACUCUGAUCGAUCCCUCAUCAUCGCCUUCCGUACCAUCGCUGUCAUGGCCGACAGGUUGGGCCUUGUAGCCACUAUUAAGGAUCGUGCUAAUGAGAUUUACAAGAAAGUUGAAGAUUUAAAGUCUGUCAAAGGAAGAAAUCAAGAUGCAGUUUUUGCUGCUUGUAUAUACAUUGCUUGUCGACAAGAGGACAAGCCUCGUACCGUAAAGGAAAUUUGUUCUGUGGCAAAUGGAGCUACAAAGAAGGAAAUUGGGCGUGCUAAAGAGUUUAUUGUAAAGCAGCUUGAAAUUGAAAAGGGUCAGUCAAUGGAGAUGGGUGCUAUUCAUGCGGGAGAUUUCUUGAGGCGUUUCUGCUCUGGUCUUGGCAUGAACAACCAAGCAAUCAAGGCUGCUCUAGAAGCGGUACAGAAGUCAGAAGAACUUGAUAUAAGGAGGAGCCCCAUUUCCAUUGCUGCUGCUGUGAUCUACAUGAUAGCUCAGCUGUCAAAUGAGAAGAAGCAUCUUAAAGAUAUAUCUCUGGCAACUGGGGUGGCAGAAGGCACCAUUAAAAAUUCCUACAAAGAUUUGCAUCCUUAUGCUUCAAGGAUCAUUCCAUCUUUCUUUGCUAAGGAUGAAGAUCUAAAGAACCUAGGCAGUCUCUGAUGAUGCUGCAUAUAAAUCCUCACAUAACAUAUUAACAUGCAUGCGGUCUGUUGAUGCUUGAUAGUUGAUACACAUCAUAAAGUGCUCUGCGAUUAUCAUGGAUUUAACUCUUUUUUAUUGUUAUGUGAUUUAUAUAUUGAUACUAACAGCAGCCAAAGAUUAG